AUUGGUUGGUCUUGAGAGCAGGGCUGGAGGCCCUGUAGACGCCGCCCACAGGGGCCUGAGAAGGUUCCAUCCGGGAAUCUGACACCCUCUAGCCCCAUAAGGCCCUGCACUGGCCCAGGACUAUGGCCAUGCGAACCGCCCAGCCCGCCUGGGGGUCCUGGGGCACCUCCGCCGGCGGCAGCCUCCUGCUCCUGCUUCUCAGCCUCGGGUGGGCGUUUCCUUCCAGGGCCCAGGCUGCAGACUUGAGACUGGAUGUCAUGACCCCAUGGCUGCAGGGUACCUCCCGGGUCUUGUCCUGGUGGCGACCUGAGCUAUCUGUCGUCCUCUCGCGGGACCGGAGGGACACAGACAGCAAGGUCUGCCCGCCCUCGAGGAAGGCCCACGUGAUAGAUGAAAACCUUGUCUUCUACGAGGAGUGGGAGCUGGAGGCCUGUGUGGAUGGGGCCCUGGUGGCCGCUCAGAUGGACCGCGUGAACAUGGUGCCCUUCACCUACCAGCAGCUGGACGUUUUUAAGCGCAAGCUGGACGAGUUCUACCCACAGGGCUACCCCGAGUCCCUGACCCAGAACCUGAGCUACUUCUUCCUCGAGCUCAGCCCCGCGGACAUCCGCAAGUGGAACGUGACAUCGUUGGAAACCGUGAAAUCUCUUCUUCAAGUCAGCAAAGGGCAGAAGAGGGACGCUCAGGUGGCUGCCCUGAUCGCCCGCUAUGUGGCGGGAGGGGGCAAGCUGGACCAGGCCACCCUGGACAUGCUGGCCACCUUCAGGCCCGCAUACCUGUGUUUCCUCAGUCUGGAGCAGCUGCGCUCCGUGCAGCACAGCGUCCUUUGGGCAGCCGGGCCCCAGGACCUGGAUGCAUGCCACCCUCUGCAGAUGGCCGUCCUCUAUCCCCGGGCCCGCACCGCCUUCCAGACUGUGAGUGGGCCUGAGUACUUGUCGAGGAUCAAGCCCUUCCUGGGUGGGGCCUCCACAGAGGACCUGAGGGCUCUCAGUAGUCAGAAGGUGAACAUGGACGUGGCCACAUUCCAGAAGCUGCAGACAGAAGCUGUGCUGCCGCUGACCAUUGCCGAGGUGCAAAACCUUCUGGGUCCAAACCUGGUGGGCCUGAAGGCGGAGCAGGAGAGGAGCCCCGUGCGGGACUGGAUAGUCCGGCAGCAGCAGGAUGACCUGGACAGUCUGGGCUUGGGGCUGCACGGUGGCCUCCCCAAUGGCUACCUGGUCAUGGACCUCAGGCUCCGAGAGGCCCUCUCAGGGGGCGCCCGCCUUGUGGGACCCAGAACAGUGCUCACUGCGAUCCCCACUCUGCUCCUGGCUCUGAUCCCCAAGUGAGGCCACCGUCCUG